CUGUCUGCAGUUUCUGCUCAGCAGCACUUCAGGAAUCCCAGAGCAUCAGAUCAGGUUUACGGGGAUGAUCCCUGCAGGGUUUGACUGAGCGUGCAUGCUUACACAGGAAAAACUUCACAAUUAUGGGAUUAUCACCGGGGCGUAGCGCACAUUUUUAAAAGCAAAAUCAUAUGAGUCACUCCAAUAGGAAAAUAAGACACAUGAGGCUUCUUGCCACAUCUUCACAUUGUAAGUCAUGCAUGUAGAAAUCUGAAAGGGGAAUAUCUGAGUGGAGUUUUUAUGAGUAAAUAUGUAAAAAGAAAAAAAAAAACGUUUAUUGGUGGAAAUUAUUCAUGGAUUUGCACUUUGGAUUAUUUUAAAACAUGUAAAGAAACAGCUCAAAAAUGAUUAAAUUAAAAUAAGUUAUUUUUUUUAUUCAUUUUGGAGGAUAUUAAAAUAAGUUUUGGCACAGAGGUUCCCCGCCCUUCCCUUAAAAUCAUCACAAGUGGGAGUUUGUCAUCCGUCCUCAACUUCCAUAGAAAAAAAACACACACAUCUAGGACACACCCACCCAUAUCAACACCCUCAGUGGAUCAGGAGUUCACUUGGCGCUCGUUUGAACACCGAGAGGGCUGGAGAUGUCUGGGAAGUUUUUUUCUCCAAUUCUGCGGGUGCGCGCACAACGCCGCGCAUUCUGCGGUCGGAACUAAGCUGCGCGAGAGUUUUAUACUCUGUUUCUUUUAAAAAAAUAUAUAUUUUAUUGCAUUUUGUUGAACUUUUGAGAGAGGGGCGCUCCAGUGCUGCACACGUGAAGAGAAAAAGAUCCAGCAGGUUUGUGCAGAGGAUUGAAAGCAGACAGACUUCCCACACACGCCAUGAAGGCAGAGAGUAAGCAGAGUCCAAAUGAUGCUGGGGAUCGGUUCUGUUUGUCUGGCAGUAAGUGCAGCAUUAAAGGAACAAGGGUUUGGGUUCUGUCCCAUCCAGGAGUUCCAUUAGUGGGACUGAUAUUCCUAGUUACCUUUCCUUUUGGAGCGGGGAUCAAACAGACUGUCCCAAGAGUCACAUUCAGCCACAAAGAAUUACUGCAGGCUGGGAGUAUAUCCCUUCUCGUGGGCCCAGCCGAUGGCCUCCACUCACAAUCCCUGCUGCUGGAUGAAGAAAGAGGUCGUCUUUUGUUGGGAGCCAGGGAUCACAUCUACCUGCUGGACCUUGACAAUCUGGCCAAACCUCCCAGAAAGGUCCACUGGCCUGCUCCCACAGAAAGAGUCGAAAGUUGCAAACAGGCUGGUAAAAAUCCAAAUCUGGAAUGUGCAAACUUUGUUAGAGUCCUCCACAAUUACAACCGAACGCAUGUCUACGCCUGUGGAACCGGAGCCUUCCAUCCCACCUGCGCUUUCAUUGAAAUCACUGGCCAUAGAGAGGAGGAAGUGUUCCAACUGCUGUUGAAAACGGUUGAGUCUGGCAGAUUCAAAUGUCCUUUUGAUCCGUUGCACCCGUUCACCUCAGUCCUUUCAGAUACGUACCUGUACGCUGGCACAUCUUCAAACUUCCUGGGAAAGGACACGGCGUUCACACGCUCCCUCGGCCCCCCACCUGACCAGCACUACAUACGCACAGACAUCUCAGAAGACUACUGGAUCAAUGAUGCCAAGUUUAUUUAUGCUCAUCCCAUCGCUGACACGUACAAUCCAGACGAUGACAAGAUAUACUUUUUCUUCCGGGAGGUGUCGUGGGAGGGGAACGACAAGAGCAUCGUCUCCCGGGUCGCUCGAGUGUGUAAGAAUGAUAUGGGUGGGCUGAGGAGUCUCACCAAUAAAUGGUCAACCUUUCUGAAAGCCAGGCUUGUGUGUUCCAUCCCUGGACCGGAUGGCGUGGACACACACUUUGAUGAGCUCCAGGACAUCUUUUUGCUGCCUACCAGAGACGACAAAAACCCAACAGUUUACGCCGUCUUCACAACCUCCAGUUCCAUUUUCCGUGGCUCGGCAGUGUGCGUAUACAGCAUGGCAGACAUAAGAGCUGCCUUUAACGGACCGUACGCCCACAAGGAGGGGCCCGACCACAGAUGGGUGGAAUAUGAGGGGAGGAUACCAUAUCCCCGUCCUGGAACGUGUCCAAGUAAAACAUAUGAUCCAAGGAUCAAGACCACUAAAGAGUUUCCAGACGAGGUUGUCAGUUUCAUCCGAUUCCACCCUCUGAUGCACCGCUCUGUGCACCCCCGGAAUGGCCGGCCGGUGUUUACACACGUCCGAGUGGACUACACCCUGACUCACAUUGUGGUUGACAAAGUUUUGGCCGAUGAUGGGCACUAUGAGGUUAUGUUCCUGGGAACAGAUGUUGGCUCAGUUCUGAAGGUGGUGAGCAUCAGUCAAAACACCUGGUCCACAGAGGAGGUGAUUCUGGAGGAGCUUCAGGUGUUCCAGGUUCCAUCUCCCAUCCUCAGUCUGGAAAUUUCACCCAAAAAGCAACAUCUCUACGUGGGCUCCACAGAGGGCCUCGCACAGGUGUCUCUGAGCCGAUGUCACCUGUACGGUCAGGCCUGUGCUGAAUGCUGCCUGGCACGGGACCCUUACUGCGCCUGGGAUGGACACUCGUGCUCCAGAUACGUCCCUGCAUCCAAGAGGAGAGCCAGAAGACAGGACAUCAAGCAUGGAGAUCCGGCUUUGCAGUGCUGGGACACAGAGGACAGUGUUGGUCGGGGACAAGUAGAGGAGAAGGUUCUUUAUGGAAUUCAAAACAACUCCACUUUCCUGGAAUGUUCUCCCAAAUCCCAGCAGGCGCAGAUCCAGUGGUACGUUCAGAGAUCGGGAUCGGAGCACAAAGAGGAGGUCAGACUGGGUGAUCGUGUUGUUCACACAGACAGAGGACUCUUAAUUCGCUCCCUUCACGUCUCUGAUGUUGGUGUGUACACAUGUGUUGCUCAGGAGCACACACAUUUCACCCACACACUUCUCCGCAUCACACUGCAGCUCAUUGCACACGGAAAACUUGACAGAAGACCAAAGCUCAGCGAAGAUUCCGGGUUUGAGGCUCAGCACGGCGCCGAGUCCCGUCCGCGUUACAAAGACUACCUGAGACUCAUGAGCUCAUCUUUCCGCUCCCUGGACGAAUACUGUGACUCUCUGUGGCUGGACAAGAGGCCGUCCAAAGUGCGAGGAAAAGGUUUAGGAGCGGGCAAAUGGAAGCACAUCCACGAAAUGAAGAAGAGCAGGAAUAGAAGACACCACAAAGGAAGAGAAGGAGUGAAAAACCAUCAAAAGUAGUGAGGAAAGCAGUCAAAAGGUUUCAUUUUUCCUGUUCAUAAUAGCAAAAUUUCACAAAGAAGUUCACGUUAGAAACUCCACAUGCCCCAAAACUUAUUCCAAUCUUCAUCUGCGGAAAAAAAGGAAAAAGUUUUUUUUUUUUUAUAUAUUUUAAAAAAGAAAGUUUUCGGUUUCCCAUAGAAAGAUUCCUCAUCUGCUUUGCAUAAAACUGAAAAGGAUCAUAAGAGACUACAUGGUUGAAAUAAAGCAUGGAGGAAAGAGGCACUUGUUUUGAAAUAUCUGUCAACCGUUGAAAAGUGUGGAAUUUCAACAGCUUUCGCUGUUGUGUAUUUUUUUUUUCUCCUCAGCUGUAUAAACAAUCCCUCCGGCCUUAAAGGCCCAGUAUGGGAUUUGAAGGAGUGGUAUUAAAAAAAUGAUGGCCCCUAAAAAAGAACAAAAAUGCUGCGGCGCCGUUUUCUAAAUUCAUUUCUACAAGGAUGCCGUGACUUUUUUUUUUUCAAAAUAAAGGCUUUUUUUUUUUACAAUUCAACACAGAGUUUGCUCACAUUGAGGACUGUAAAUAUGGAUGUAACAUGUACAGCCGGAACAUCAGUUCACUUCAUCAUACUCUCAUUCUGUACAUCUAUCAUAAUAAUGAUGUAUUGUGUUGGCAUAUUUUUGUACAAUCCUUUCACGUUUGUUUUCUGUAGACUGAGAUGAUGUGUUCAUUUAUUACACUGAAAGGUAUUUAAAUAAAAGUUUCUCGGAACCUCAGCUCCCAGAAUUCUUGCCGCGCUUAGAUUCUUUUAUGAGAUUACAUCAGUCUGCGUAAGAUCUGGAAAGGCAUUCCCGGCCGCUAGGCUUUAACUCAGCUGAGCCUGUCCUGUUUUAGGAGCACUAGUCCCUAUACGCUGAAUGCAGAUGUCAGAAUGAUUCAGGACUGGCUGCUAUAAGGCCGUAAUGUCUGUUUGAAAGGGGAAACCAUGCAAAAUAUAUGGCGAAACGAAAGGAUUCAUGAGGUUUCGGAGUCAACGAAGAAACAAAAAGAUUUAAUCAAUAUAAACUCUGACUAAUAUAACACGGAUCUACUUAGUGAAAGCAUCGCCGCAGUCACAGGAGACCUCUUAACUCAUUAGAAGAUUUAAGUAUAAAAGGGCAAAAGAUGUUAAAUUAAUCAAUGCAUUAUUUAGUAAUCAGUCGCUAACAGUUUUCACCUCAUCCUUGACAUGAGAAUCACUUUCCUUCUCUUUUUUAUUUAAAUAUAUAUGCAAACUUUUGUUUUAGGGUCAUUAGCCUUUUGUAUGUUCAUAUGUACAGAGACGUUUGUGUUUCUCCAAAGUAAAAUGUCAUGUUUGUUUUAGCAAAGAAAAUAAAUAUUUAAAGCAC